AUGCUCCCAGGCAGGGUUGUGUUGUCUCAUGCACGGUGCUUUAUUAAUAACCCUGGUUAAUUGUAUGAAGUCCUUGCCCUGCCAUGGAGCCGAGGGGCGGUGGAGCAGAAGGGAACGAGCUUUGUCCCCCCGCCCAGCCCGGGGGCGGUGCGGCACGGCCGGAGCUCCCCCCCGCGCAGCCCUCGCUCCUCAUCCAGUGUCCGCUGGAGCGGGGCAGAGCCAUCAUCCCGCGGGGCUCGCAGGCUCCCGGUGCCAUGCGGGGCCCGCUGCUCUGGGUGGGCUGGCUGCUGGCCACCGGCUGCCUGGUAGGAGCCACGGGCAGCUGCCGGCACCGCUGCUGUCCCGGCAGGAACAACGCCUGCUGGGCCCCCGGCACCCGCCGGGCUCGCUGCUACUGCGACUCGUACUGCCAGCGGACGGGAGACUGCUGCCAGGACUACCUCAGCACGUGCCGCCGUGCCGCGGUGGGCUGUGCCGUGGGGCCCUGGGGGCCGUGGAGCGGGUGCAGCUCCCCAUGCGGGGUUGGCAGCAGGGCCCGCAGCCGCCAGGUCACUGUGCCGCCCCGGCACGGCGGGGAUCCCUGUCCUGACCUCAAGCAGCGCCGCGGCUGCCUGGGGCAGCACCCGACCUGCAGGACGGCCGAAGCUGCUCUUCUGCCAGAGGUAGCCAAGAUACUCCCCAACUCCUUCGGCCAGGGCUUCAGAGAUCCCUGGCGAAGAGCUGGGCUGCCACUGCCGGAGGAGCUCUCUGGGUACGUGUGGGGCCGGGGCCCCUCUGUAACCCCCGUUCCCAAAGCCGGGGCCCCUCCUGCACCCCCUGCGGUCAUGGCCUCUUUGCACCCCCAGACCCAGCGCCUUCUUGCUCCCCCCAGCCAUUACUUUUCUCCCUUCCUCAAACCAUGGCCCCAUUGCAUCCCCAUACAAAACCAUGGCUCUCUGCAUGCCCACAGAACCACCAUCCUUCCCACCCUCCAAACUAGGAUCCCUCUGCACCCCCCUAGAGCCAUCACCCUUCCCACCUUCCCAACCGAGGCCCCUCUCCCACCCCCCAAACCCACAUCCCCUUUAUACCCCAAUCCAUCAACAACCCACCACAACCUCGGCCCUACCUUCCGACCACCAUUUUCCCUCUUUUCUCCUCCCAUGUUCCCUCCUCUCCAGCUCCCCCCAUCCCAGCUCCUGCGGAUAUUUCCGCCUGACCCAGGUGGGGUCCCUGUGCCGCGGGCGCGCCUGGAGCCGCCGGCUGCAGCGGGGCAAGCAGGUGUGUGUGGAAUGCUGGGGGAAUCUGCCCCACCGCCGUCCCCACUGCACCGGACACGGGCUGCCAGGAGCCAGGACAUUUUGGGUGGCUGCUUCUGUGGUGGGGUGCCAGGGCUUGUGGGUGCAGGAGGGACUGCGGGAGGGCUGUGUCUGCUCCCCACCAGCUCUCAUCUUUGUGUAGGAUCCCCCUGGGAAGGUUUGCUGUUCACCCUUGGUGCCAGCUCCCUCUGUUUUCCAUUAAAUAUUUUGCUGAAGAAUGGAAAAACCCUUCUUAUAAAGACUAAAAAUAAGGGAAUUGCUGAAGUGUGGUGAUUAAUGGUAGAAGAACAGCAUGAUGAGGUUAAUCCUGGGUGAGAAGAUGAUGUAGCAGUGACAUGGUGUGAUGAUGUCACACUCAGCCAUGACAUCAUACUUUCAACAAGCUGCAACUGGCAAGCAAUGUGAGGAUGGAGGCAGCAUCGUCCCCUUGUCUGAGCUCACUCACUGCAGUCCCAGGUGAGCCAUGCAGGGCACUUCAGCCCUGCUGGGCUUUGCAGAGAGGAAUUAAACAGACACCCAAAGUCUGCACACGGGCCAUGGUGCCGGUGUCCAGUUCCAGCCGUGGGGCUCAGCAGCCCCCACUGGAAGGAGUGAGGCUGGGCUGGGUGGUGCUGCUGCCCUUCCCCACUCCUCACCCAGCACAACAUGACCUUGCUGUGGGGUCCCUGCUCCAGCUUUGGGUGGUGCUACCACAGCCUGUGGUGGGAGCACGUGCCAUGCCAGGGCUGGAUCUUGCUCCACUGCAGGCGGUGGCUGUUGUCUGUUUGCUGCCCAAGGACAUGUCUGGCUCCUGCAGCCUGCUCUCACACCACCCUCCUGGGCAAGGGAAUUAAAAGGCUUCAACACUG